CUCCGGGACCUGGACCGGGCGGGGGGGGGGGGUGUCCCCCGCUGCCCCGCACUGCCUCCAUGCAGGGGAUGGGGACCCUGCGGCUGGGCAGCCGCGCUGUGAUGUACACGGCUGAGACCCUGCCCAAGGGCAAGAACCGAGUCAUGGGGACCAUCCAGAUUAUGACCGGUUUCAUGCACAUUGGCUUUGGGAUCGUCCUGACUACGCUCACCAACGUCUACACCUCAGUCUUCGUCAUCGGCGAGAUCCCCUUCCUCGGCGGCGUGUCUUUCAUCAUCUCGGGCUGCCUCUCCAUCGGGGCAGAGAAGAGCCCCACAGAGUGUGCGGUCAAGGGCAGCCAGACCAUGAACGUCAUCAGUGCCAUCUUUGCUCUGCUGGGUAUCGUUGCCUUCAUCGUAGACCUCAAUCUGAACGGGCUCUACCGCUCCAGCUUCGACUACUACAGCUAUCUCGUUCUGCUCGCAGGGAACGGGAUUUCCAUUGUGCUGCUCAUCUUCACCAUCCUGGAGUUCUGCAUCGCUGUGGCUACUGCCAAUUUCUGGUGCCGGGCCACCCGCCUCAGCCCCAACGAGGCCAUGCUGAUCGUGCCCAGCGCCACGCAGGUGGACCUGGCAGUGCCACUGGCUGACCUGCCCCAGCCGCCCAGCUACGCCGAGGUGAUCUACGACCCCAAAGAGCAGCCCAGCUAGAAGUGGAGCCGGGGCCGGGCUGGUUCCCACGAGCAGCAUCCGACCCUUGCCCGCAUGACAGACCUCUUCCCACCGCCGCCGGUGCCUCCCCCCCUCCCGGGAAUGCAUGCCACCCCUGUCCCCGGGGAGCACACUGGCACCUCUGCCUCGCUGCAUCGGGCACUGCUCCAGGCAUGGGUGGGUGCGGGGGGCGGAGGAGAGGCUGGAGACCCCACAGAUCCCAGUCCCCCAGUGCUGGGGACUCCCCCGAGCCCUCUCCGCUCCCAGAAGCAGCAGCUCUUUGGGUUUCUUUGCAGCUGGCUGCCCCUGAAGUCUAAGCAAGGUUCUGGCCCUGAGGACGUCGGCGCGGGGUCCUGCCUCCAUACUCCCGAAACUGUCCUCAGACGGCUCCCCACAUCCAGGGCUACAGCAUCCUUCUCCUGCUGCACUGCAGGCUGGGACACGCUGGUACCCCCUCCCGAAAGCCAGCAAGCACCCUGAAUUUGCCCCCUUCCCUGCCCAUCUCCUGCCCCUGCGCUAGGUCUCAAAGAGGGGCUCUUCGCCUGCUGGCUGCUUUGGAGAAGGGGCUUCUCGGGGGGUGUGUGUGCGCAUCUUGGGGCUUCACAGGGUGUUUCUGCCUGUAAAUACCCGGCUGGCUGCUGGGGUUCAUUCUUGUCGGCGUUUAGGACCUCCUAGAGGUCUGUUGGCCAUGUAGUAGGUAGCUUAUUGAGACCCUGACAUACGCCAGGAGCUGCGUGGGUAGCCAGACCAUCUACCUCGGCUUGUACCCCAUUGGCUUUAUUUUAUCUUUGACAUAAAUGCUCCAUCUGGG